CGACCGACACUUAUCUUCCAAGGCAAGAAACAACAGAGUACCUGGCAAAAAAUGGCGGUUCCCGCGACAAAAAAGCCUCUGUUGUUGUCUUUCCUCGGCUUUGGCUUCUUUGUUCUCGUUGCAUCUGCCGGAAGCUUCUACGAGAGCUUUGAUAUCACUUGGGGAGAUGGUCGUGCCGACAUAUACGAGAGUGGACAGCUUCUCACUUGCACUCUUGACAAGGUCUCCGGCUCAGGGUUUCAGUCCAAGAGGGAGUACUUGUACGGUAAGAUCGACAUGAAGCUCAAGCUCGUCGCUGGAAACUCAGCUGGAACCGUAACCGCCUACUACCUUUCGUCUAAAGGUGCGACAUGGGAUGAGAUUGACUUUGAGUUCUUGGGAAAUCUCACAGGACAGCCUUACACUAUCCACACCAAUGUCUUCACCGGUGGUAAAGGUGACCGCGAGAUGCAGUUCCGCCUCUGGUUCGAUCCCACCGCUGGUUUCCACACCUACACCGUCCACUGGAACCCUCUUAACAUCAUCUUCCUUGUGGAUGGGAUCCCAAUUCGGGUGUUCAAGAACAACGAGAAAAAUGGAGUGGCAUACCCUACGUCCCAACCCAUGAAGAUAUACUCAAGCCUUUGGGAAGCUGAUGACUGGGCCACGCAGGGCGGUCGCGUGAAGACAGACUGGAGCAACGCACCAUUCAGAGCACAUUACAGGAACUUCGACGACAAAAGCUCAUGUAGCAGGACAUCAAACUUGACAUGGGUGACUUGUGACGGAAACAAGAACUCGUGGAUGUGGACCACUCUCAAUGACCGCCAGAUCGGUCAGAUGAACUGGGUGCAAAAAGAAUUCAUGAUCUACAACUAUUGUACCGAUUACAAGAGGUUCCCUCAGGGUUUUGCCAAGGAGUGUUACCUUUGAAAACUUUGGUUGAUCCUCCUACAUUGAGAAUUUUCGAGCAUUUUCCUCAAUAAUUUUUAUUUUAUUUCCCUUUCGUGUUAUUUCAUUCUUGUGAUGUUACUUUGAUUUAUUCUCUUUUAUUCAAGUGUUUCUGAGAUGCGAUAAUACAUACACGCAUAUAUAAUGUUACUGAGAAAAUAAAAAGUUGUACUUGAUAAU